ACAAAACGGUCGUCAACAGAAAUCCAGUGUCCUAUUUCUGCAAAAGGACUCGUAAAUGGCAAAUUAAAUUGCACAAACACGAUGGAAUACUUUGCUAUCCACAUCCCGAAAAAGACUGAAGAGGACUCCGAGACAGCCGUAAACGUCUUCACAACGCGCGAAGAUGCCUUAAAACUACUCAAAACACACAAAGAGGCGCGCUUCAAGGCGUUCCAGAGCAAAGACGAGGCCGAAGAAUUCAGUUUGUAUGGCACUCUGGCAUCCACGAUCAACGUAACGGGCCUCAAAUCGCCUUCCUCGCUGCCAAUUGCGGCAGAAAAGAGUCUUCAUCGGUCCCUCAAGCCACAAGAACUCGUUGCAUUCCGCAAAGAAAUCGAACAAAACAACCUCAGUAAUGUCUAUCGCAUGGUAAUGGAGAAUCCACGGUAUUUGGUCACUGCGGCAAAUACUCCGACGAUCCUCAAGGAAGGCACGCGAUACAAUCCGUUGCACGUUGCGAUCAUUUCGAAGCACCUGAACAUGUGCAAGUUGAUUCUGCAGACAAUUGAGAAGCCGCAGUUUAUCGAAAUGUGUAAUGGACCGAGCCUCGAUACGCAAAGUACGCAGGAGGCAAGCAUGAUUUUGCUCGAAUCGUACUUAAAUAUGCCCGAUAAGCCACGUAGUGAGACUCCUUUGCAUUUUGCUGCCAAAUUAGGGUUGAAAGACAUCAUCGAACUGCUCAUCUCGUAUCCCAUUUGCAAGAUGAAACCGAAUUCGGAUGGAAUGUUGCCAAAAGAUAUCAUUUGUUCGCGCGUUUCGGGCACCCCAGAGCUCAUCAAAGAAAUUUCGGAUUUGCUUCAGGAGCGUUUCUAUGUCCCAAUUUGGCGUGCGACAGAUAACACAGUACCUCCCGUCAUCGGAGAGCCAUUUAGCACGACAGAUCCCCCCAAACUCGAACGCGAAAAGCACGGACCUCAAAUGGAAAUCAAGGCAUAUGCGGGUCCCAUGGACAAGGAACAAGCGCAAGUCUUCAAGAAACGUCUGAAAACGCCUCCGCGACUCAUUGCAUCCGCAAGUGCUCAAUCGCCGUACAAACGGAGUCCAAUACCGCCCGCAAGUCCCCUGCUGAGUCCCACAAAGUUCAAAAAUAACCUGCUGAACAACAAUUAUGCCUCGACACCCGUCGGAAGUCCGCAACGCGGAAGGAAACUCUUCACGGAACGCCUAAAUUUGGAGGAAGAUGAGACAGAUGAUGACGACGAGGAGGCGAAAGAAGACGCGAAAAAUGGAAAUCACGAGACAAAUGGAGGCGACACGAACGAAAUUCGAACGCCACAAAAAUUGUCGAAUGCUGUAGAUCGAUUUUUCCGCGAUUACCGUGAUGAUCGUCACAAUGAAUCGUCGUUGCUUGAUAUGUCGCUGCCAAAUUCCAACAAUAGUUAUAGCUUUAUCUGCGAAGAAACGAGUUCCGUGUACGAUCCAGCGUCAGUUUUUACGUCGCCGCCCGUGAAAGAGCGUCUCGUUCGCAUCACGGAUCCCGAUAAGGGCGUCGAAACGGUCGGGCGUGAACUGGCAAAGACCCAAAAUGUCGGUUGGAAGGAAUAUUGGAAGUUUUUGGAUAAAUUUGUGGACUUGUCGAGCAAAGAGGGUCUCGAAAUGUUCGAAGAAUAUUUGAAAAAUCGCGAAAAUUUGGAAAAUGUGUCUUCCAUGGCGAACAAUCUCAAGCCCAGUAGUGCCGAUGACUCGAUUUUCUCGCUGUGUGCGGGUCUCAAUACGCUGAAUCUCAACAAAGAGGAGCUCGCGGGCACCCCCAAAGGCAUCAAAAGUCUCAAUGAAACGAUAAAAUUGCUGCAAGAACGUCGAAAUGCGCCAUCGCACCAACAACUCGAUGCCAUUGCGAACAACAAUCACAUCACCAAUCCGUACUUAUCGAUCGAAAAGGCCCUGCAGGUGUAUGCAAAACGUACUAGUCUCACGCUCGCCCACAAUAUCGAUGCGCAACCCGGCAUCGCGCUCGAUCAGGAGAUCCGGAAACUCGACAAACUCGUUCUCAGCUUCAUCAAUGACAAACGUUUCGUGGCCGUGAACUUGCGAAAAUCGCAUUCGCGCUACGGACAUUUGAUAAAUUGGUAUUUGCGGAACGACGUGCCCUUCUUAUCGCCUGGGAAGACCCAAAAAAUGAUCAGCAACCUCGAAAAAUCCACAAAAUUGAAGUGCAUGCGAGCAGCUUUCGCCACGGGAACCAACACAAAUCCACAUUCGUUGAGUACGGAGCAAGAAUGCAUCGAAGCAUGGAACGCCGAACUCGAAUGCGAUUGCUCGAUGGUCGAUUCUGCGGAAGCGAAUGACGCAAAAGUCAAGGAAAUGCGUCGCAAUCGCCGAAAACUCCGUCUUGGACUGUGGCAAAAUGAACCAGCGCCCCAAAUAGUAUCGGAAACGGACCUCUGGAAGCCACGAACUGCCAAAUCGAGUGACGAUGAACAAGAUAGCGGCGCAAGUGUCGAAGAGGAUGACGUUUAUUUCAGCUGCGACUCCGAUCUGGACCUCGAAUUUCACGGAUCUGAUGAAGAAAUGGACCACGACAGUUGUUUCGUCACGCCGCCCGAAAGUCCCACGGAUUUUGAAAGCGUUUACGAGAACAGUGACGAUUGGAUGGACGAUGAUUUUGAUGAUUCGUACGAAAAUUACAUUGAAGGAACACUUCCAACCAAAUCCGAUAUCGAUGCUUUUCGUGCGAUCUCGACCGUAAAUGUCGCCGAAAAUGACUUCCCGCAUGUUUACAAGUGGAAAAUGGCCUUGCAACGUCUAAACCAGAGUCAAUUCUCGUCGGAAUCGUCUUCGCAAAACGCCCUUCUUCUGGGGAAGGCUAAAAACGCAUUUAAAUUAUUUUAAGUCGUUCGUUAACUAAUUCGUACUUUAAAUUCAGGCACUUACCAAAAAAAAAGCAAAAACAGCAUGAUUUAUUUAGGAAAGUUGAUUGAUUUAUAUUUUUUUUUGUGAAAAAAGAGUUGUGUCCUUUUUGGUUUUAAAAAACUUUGAAAUUGAUGAAAAUAUAGAAAAAUGUUAUUAAAGUCACGAAAAAUUAAAUAAUGAAAGAAAAAUGAUCAAAUGGAAUUUUAAAGCAAAUAAAA